AUGUGGCGUCCAUUCUCCUCCGUCCUCCGUCCAUCUCACAGCCUGCCCUACUGGUCUCGAGCCCUAACCACCACUGCGUCUCCUUCCUCUGCAACUCAACAAGUCGUCGGCGUCAUUGGCCUGGGCCAAAUGGGCGGCCGCAUGGCCGACAACCUCCGCAAACACGGCCACCGCCUCGUCGUGUGCGACCCCGAGGCCGCCAACGUCCAGCGACAGGUUGAUCAAGGCGCUGUCGCUGCUGCUACUGCUCGAGAAGUGGCCGAGCAGUGCGACACCAUCGUCACGAUGCUGCCUUCUACGGCCACAGUCGAGCGCGUCUACUUGGGCGUCGACGGCGUGCACGAAGCGCUGCACAAGGACCACGUGCUCCUGGACUCGAGCACGAUCGACCCGAUCUUUACCAAGAAGCUGAGCAAGGAGCUGCACGAGCGGGGGGCGAUGUUCGUCGACGCGCCCGUGUCUGGCGGCGUUGCAGGCGCACAGAACGGGACGUUGACGUUCAUGGUGGGCGGCACGCUGCAGGAGUUUGAGCAAGUCAAGCCACUGUUGAAGGCCAUGGGGAAGAACCUCGUGCAUUGCGGGGGCAGCUCUACGGGCCAAAUUGCCAAGUUAUGCAACAACUUGGCGCUCGCGAUUCAGAUGGCGUCGGUGGCUGAGGCUAUGAACCUCGGCACGACGCUUGGGAUUGACGCUGCGGUUCUCAAGAAUAUCAUGGACACGUCCACGGCGUCGUGCUGGUCGACUCUUGUGAAUCAUCCGUAUCCGGGCUUGAUGGAAAACGUGCCGUCGUCGAAUGACUACGAAGGCGGGUUUGCAGUCACGUUGCACCGGAAAGAUCUGGGGCUUGCAAUGGACUGUGCCAAGCAGGCGGAAGUGUCCAUUCCACUGACUUGCCAGGUUCACCAGCUCUUUAACAUGAUGGUUGCAGGGGGCUACGGCAAGAAGGACUUUAGUUACCUCCUACCGUACCUCAAGAAUGGCAAGUAA